CGGUGACGUUGGCGGGAGGGGGGAAGGCUCCGCGCCUGCGCGCUGGGGGCGAGUGCGGGGCUCGAGCUAAGAUGGAGCUUUCGGCGGUUGGAGAGCGGGUGUUCGCGGCGGAGUCCAUCAUCAAGCGGCGCGUCAGGAAGGGCCGCAUCGAGUAUCUGGUCAAAUGGAAAGGAUGGGCGAUCAAGUACAGCACCUGGGAGCCAGAGGAGAACAUUUUGGAUGCAAGAUUGAUCGCUGCUUUUGAGCAAAGAGAGAGGGAGAGAGAGUUAUAUGGACCCAAGAAAAGAGGGCCCAAACCUAAAACCUUCCUCUUGAAAGCCCGGGCACAAGCCGAAGCCCUGAGAAUCGGCGAGAUGCACUUUUCGGUCAAGCCGGGGUCCGGUUCGGGGCCCCCCGGCCUGUCGCCCUACAAGCUGAAGAAGGACCUCCGCAGGUGCUACCGCACGUCCAGGCGGACACUGCCUCGCUCCGAGCCCCCCCAGCAACCGGGGCUGAGCGGUCACAGUCACGCUCAUGGUCUCGGGCACGGCCAUGGGCACGGGAGGCCGGCGAUGCCGAUUCCCGAGACCGUGCGCAUCAUCAACCGCAAGGUGGAGCCGCGCAAACGCAAGCGCAAUCGCAUCAUCCUCAACCUGAAGGUGAUCGACAAGGGGGGCAAGAGCAAAAUCCCCUCCCGCAACCGGGUCAUUGGCAAGAGUAAGAAGUUCAGCGACAGCGUCUUGCGGACCCAAAUCCGCCACAUGAAGUUCAACCACUUCCCCCUCUUCGAUAAGUCGGCGCGGAUGCCCACCGCCUCCCUCGGCUCCAGCUCUGAGGGGGUUGGGGGUGGGAGGAAGCCGGAGACCGCGCUGGGGGGCAACGACCCCGGCCCCUCGUGCGCCAAGCCCCCCGCUCGCGACCUGCCCCUUCCGUCUGACCCGCUGCCCCCCUAUCUCAGCGGAGCCCCCCGUUACGGCAACAACCUGGUCUCCGCCAAAGCUGCCAUCGCGGCCACGCCCGACCGGGCCUCGACCUGCCGCCGAGACCCCCCCUCGCCUAACCCCUCCCUGCCCCCCGGGGAGUCUCUGAGCCCCGCUGUGCCCGACUGGCGCGAGGCAGAGGCCCUGGAUCUGUCCAUCCCCCCUGAGUCCGCGGCCGGUCGUCGUUCCCCACCGCCCGGCUCCCGCAGCCCCCCCUCUGACCCCGAGCAGGAGGUGUCGGACUGGAGGCCGGAGAUGUCCCCCUGCUCCAACGUGGUGGUGACGGACGUGACCACAAACCUCCUGACCGUCACCAUCAAGGAGUUCUGCAACGCCAACGACUUUGUCAAACCGGCCAAUGGGAAUAUCAGUGUAGAGUGGAGCUGCCCAACACAACACAACACAACACGACCCAACGCAACCCAUCUCCACUCCUCUUCCCUCCUCGCUCUCCAUCACCCCAAACCCCCAACCCUUCCCUGGUGUCUGUCUCCCUCACUCUCCGGCACCCUGAAGUAUCUGACUGUCCUGCUCGGGGCAGGGAUGCUUGCCUUCCUGGGUGCAAUCAUCUGCAUCAUCGCAAGCAUCGCCCCAGCCUCCACGGGAACUCUCCAAGGUGCUGAGGGAGACCCGGGCGCUGCCAAUGCUGUGGUUGGGGUUGGAGGAGAUGGCCAGGGCUCUGUGCCAGGCACUGCACCCAGCACAGGCACAGCCACAGGUAUGGACACUCAAGCAGCCAAGGCAUCUGUAUUGGACGCCCAUCUGGGCCAAGGAUCCCCUCUGGGCUCUGGUGUCCACCUAGGCAGCACCAGUAGGUUCCUCUGCUUGCCCCUGACCCAGGACUGUCCCUCCAGCUCGGCCAGAGAGGACCUGCUCCUGCUCAGGACCACCGCUGACCACCUGAGCCAGAUGGUCACCCAGCAGAAAGACCAGAUCUUCAGCGACCAGGAGAUCAUCAAGGAGCUGACUGGGAAACUGAGUCAAUGUGAGAACGGGCUGGAACCUGGCUACUUCCAGGGGAAUCAAGAGGAAUAUGCUUGGGAUGCAGGCAGAGACAACCUAGACCAUCUAGCUGAUGAUGACGAUGGUGGUGAGGAUGAUGAAGAUGAGUCUGGGAGGACAGUCCAGGAACUGGAACAAGCCAUACACACCUUGAGGGACAGGAUUGAGAAAUUGGAGGUCCAGGAGUUGGAGGUUCAGUUGCUCUCCCGGUUGGCGGAGCUGGAGAGAGACCGGCUUCUGUUGCAGAAUGAGAGCUCCCACCAACGGCAACACCUGGAGUCUCAGCUCAACACCCUUCACCACCGCGUCACCGGACUGGAGAAAGAUGCUGCGGUGUAUAAAUUGGCAGAGGGAUAUAAGAUUGUGUUUCCAGUGCGCACUAACUACAUGUAUGCCCGGCUGACCAGGAGCCUGCCUGAGAUGUAUUCCUUCACUAUCUGCCUGUGGUUGAAGUCCGAUGCCUCUAUGAGGAUUGGGACACCAUUUUCUUAUGCUGUCCCAGGUCAGACCAACGAGAUUGUCCUGCUAGAGUGGGGCAACAACCCCAUUGAACUGCUCGUCAACGCCAAAGUGGCACAGCUACCCUUACGGGUUAAGGAUGGACGCUGGCAUCACGUGUGUGUGACCUGGACGACUAGAGAUGGCACAUGGGAAGCAUAUCAGGAUGGUACACGAUGGGGUACUGGAGACAACCUGGCGCCUUGGCAUGCAAUCAAACCAGGGGGCAUCUUGAUAUUUGGGCAGGAACAGGACACUCUAGGGGGACGUUUUGAUGCAACACAGGCCUUCGUUGGUGAGCUGGCACAGUUUAACGUGUGGGACCGUGUCCUCACCUCCGCGGAGAUCAUCAGCAUUGCCAACUGUUCAGCGGGCACAGCGGGCAACGUCCUGCCCUGGGAGGAUCAGGGCCUCGAGGUGUUUGGUGGAGUGACCAAAUGGCCUUUGGAGAGUUGCGAUGAGAGGAGAAGGUUAGGGAGUGACUGACGGGGGGAUUGGGGAUCAGGGAGGCCGUCUGCACUUUACGUCAACAUGCAUGGACCAGGCAUGAGCAAAAAAAAAUCCCUAGCUUUCGCACUGAGAU